UCUUCCUUUAAGAAGAUGGCUCCGGGAAGCAAUGGUGGUGGUGCCAGGCAGGGCUCGAAAAAGGAUGCCAAUACUGGCUUCCUGGGGCUGAGGCCCACUUCGGUGGAUCCGGCGCUGAGGCGGCGGCGGCGCGGCCCUAGAAAUAAGAAACGGGGCUGGCGGCGGCUCGCUGAGGAGCCGCUGGGGCUGGAGGUUGAUCAGUUCCUGGAGGACGUGCGGCUCCAGGAGCGCACGACCGGUGGCUUGUUGUCAGAGGCCCCCGAUGAAAAACUCUUCUUUGUGGACACCAGCUUCAAGGAAAAAGAACAGAACAAGAAAAGCAGCCAGGCCCGGAAGAAGUCGCUGCUCCAGAAACCCCUGCGGGCCGACCUCGUCCUCGAGAACACAUCCAAGAUCCCUGCCCCCAAGGACGUCCUCGCUCACCAGGUCCCCAACGCCAAGAGGCUCCGGCGGAAGGAGCAGCUAUGGGAGCGGCUGGAGAAGCAAGGCAAGCUGCCCGGGAAGGUGCGCAGGGCCCAGUCCCGGCUCCUCAACCCUCCCGAGCCCAAGGUCAAGCCUGGACCACAGGAUGCCAUCGAGCGGCCCUUCUACGAUCUGUGGGCCCCAGACAACCCUCUGGACAGGCCACUGCUCGGCCAGGACGCCUUCUUCCUCGAGCAGACCAAGAAGAAGGGCAUGCGGCGCCCACCGCGUCUCCAGGUGAAGCCUUCCUCAGCACCUGCCGUGGAGGUGACGCCUGCCGGAGCCUCCUACAACCCGACCUUUGAGGACCACCAGGCCUUGCUCCUGGCCGCCCACAAGGUGGAGCUGCAGCGCCAGAAGGAGGCGGAGAAGCUGGAGCGGCAACUGGCACUGCCCCUUGUUGAGCAGGCCGCCACCCAGGAGACUGUGUUCCGGGAGAUGUGUGAGGGGCUGCUGGAGGAGUCAGACGGGGAGGGCGAGCCCGGCCAGGACCCGAGGCCCCAGGCUAGUGAGGCAGGGGGAGCCGGGACCUCUCCCCCACCUGCCCGGCCUGCCACCAUGGAGAAGAAGACGGAGCAGCAGCGACGGCGGGAGAAGGCUGCCCGCACGCAGCGGGUGCAGCAGGGUAUGCUUCGGGCUGCCCGGCUUCGGCACCAGGAGCUCUUCCGGCUGCGCGGCAUCAAGGCCCAGGUGGCCCAGCGGCUGGCAGAUCUGGCACGGCGGCGGGAGUGGCGGCGGCUGAAGCGGCUGGCGGAGGAUGACAAGCCCCGCAGGCUGGGGCGGCUCAAGUACCAGCCCCCUGACAUUGAUGUGCAGCUCAGCUCAGAGCGUUCCGGCUCACUCCGGGCCCUGAAGCCCGAGGGCAAUAUCCUGAGGGAUCGCUUCAAGAGCUUCCAGCGCCGGAACAUGAUCGAGCCCCGCGAGAGAGCCAAGUUCAAGCGCAAGUACAAGGUGAAGCUGGUGGAAAAGCGGGCAUUCCGAGAGAUCCAGCAGUUUGUAGAAGACAAGAAGACGCCGAGGUCAGAGCCCCACCUCAGGACAUCGUGACAUUCCGGAGCUGUUUCUGAGGUUCCUCUGUAUUAAAUAAAAAGGAGUAUUUUUCAGA